AUGAUGCUAUCCGACUCUCCACUCCUCAUCUCACUGCACAACAGAGUCAGAGAGACCAAAAACCUCUUUUUCCCUCUCGACCAAGGAACCCAAUCACCGGCGGCGGCGCAGUUGCUUCGUCCUCUAAGACCGUUUCUCAUAGGGCUUGAUUUUCUUCCUUCACGCUGGCAUAAAAUGCCUGAAGGUUUCCACUUAGAACGCCCUCUGUUCGCCGGUGCCUUAACUAGCACCUUCCCUCAAAGGUUCCAGGAGGUGUUUGUGGAUCCUUCCCGGGAUGAAAGUUUGAUCUUUGAGAUAUUAGAAUUGAAGGAAGAAGUUGGUGAUGAUGGAAGUGCUUCAUGGUUUCUUCAAGACCUUGCCUCUGAACAAGAAUCUGAAGGCUGCGUGGUAUCUGUUCUUCUACUUCCUUCAAUGUGCCUCUUCUGUAGGGACAAAGAUGAAAAAACAAAAGGGAAAUUGUGUUCAAAUAUUCCAUUGAGUGAAAGUGCUACCGCCGUCGGGGCUGGUGCUGCCACUCCUGCUGAGCUUUCUGGAUGUGUGCCAAUGCUUGAGGUCUUCAAACUUGCUGUCUCAACGUUUAAAGUCAACAACUGGGGCCUUUUUGGAAGUGUAUAG